CGUUCGGCGAAUAGGGAGCUGGCGAAUAAGGAGCUGGAGUCAGUCUCGUGCACCACCGACGAUUACUUGCUGCCGCACUUUUGCAUUACAGAUAUCCUCGGCUAUAUUGUUUGUUUUAUGAGCGCCUACACUUCAGAACAGUCCCGAAGCUACAAGUCAUUGGAGUCUCAUGUGCAGUUCACAAAUGGAUAUGUUCAGGAGUUGCAGAUCAUAAAACCUGCAAACAGUAUUACAGUAAUCUGGACAAAGCACUGGAAACUUCAAAUCAUCAGUCCAGAGAGGGAAAAGUUCACUAGCACAAGAAACAUUUUUCUCAAAAUUGAGAAUGACAGAUCGAGCAAACAACUUCCCCCCUCUGCCAAAGUUUUUUCGCAUAAAGCCAUGUUUUUACCAGAACGUGGCUGAGGAAAUUCCACAACCCCACCAGCAGCUUGUGCGUCGUGUUUACAAUCUUUGGAUGUUGUACUGUAUCACACUGUGUGUCAAUGUGGUGGCCUGCAUUGCUUGGAGGGCCGGUGGGGGUGAAGCGAUCAACUUUGGGUUUGCGCUCCUCUGGCUGCUGCUUUUCAGCCCAUGUAGCUACACCUGCUGGUUCAGGCCACUCUAUAAAGCAUUUCGGGCUGAUAGUUCCUUCAACUUCAUGGCAUUCUUCUUCAUUUUCUUUUUGCAAUGUGUUCUUGCCUUCAUCCAGAGUCUUGGAAUAUCAGGUUGGGGUGCUUGUGGUUGGAUUGCCACAGUGAUGUUUUUCGGCACAAAUGUAGUCUCGGCUAUAUUCAUGCUCAUCUGUACUCUGCUCUUUACCAUAGAUACAGUUCUAAUGGUGUUCAUUCUUAUCAAGGUUCAUCGACUGUAUCGCGGUGGAGGAGGCAGUUUUCAGCUGGCUCAGGAAGAAUGGAGCACUGGGGUGUGGAAAAGCGCCCCUGUGAGGCAAGCUGGAUUCAACACCAUCUCUGAAACCAGCCCCAGCCUGCCCAGUUACCCAGAGAGCAGGCCCUGGUGAUACCUCUUCUGAUCUACAGAUGGGGCCAGAGCACUACUGCUUGUCUUAACAUUAAAGGGGCAGUUUGACGUGGGACCCCAAGAAAACACUUCGGCCAGAUCACAAACUUGUGAAUAUUUCCAUUGUUUUUGAACAAUGUAGCAAAAAGAUCUUAUGUUAAAUCACUCCUUAAAGAAUGAGCAUAAACCUAAUUAGUUUUUUCUUUUUUUUGCCUUAAAGUAAUCAAUUUUAUGUGAAUGACGAUCGAAAAUGUGUCAAACCACUUUCCUGGGUGCAAAUUCUGCUAAAACACUAAUAACCAAGCCAAAUCAGCAAACUGCUCCUUUAAAAACUCUCUCAACACAUACUACUCUCAAACAGAUGGCAAAAUGGUGGACCGUUAGUAU